UUAGGAGUAGGAAGGUGUUGCAGAAGUAUCGCCAAAAAAAUAAAAACCAUCACUGCAUCCAUGCCAUAGGAUGUUGUAUCACUUAAAACAUUAGAAGUGAGGUCAGUUUUUGAAAAUGCGUAGGACGGUGGUGUCGUAACUCGUACCUGGUUGUCUCUUUACCUGGUCAGUAUAGUGUGAAUUUGCCAUGAUCGCACGUAUCAUUUUUCACAUAAUGACCAGUUCAUCAUCAAAAUUAAUGAAAGCUGGAUCAUAUUUCUUUAUGGCCCCGAGAGUUUACACGUAAUUAUGAUUUUCUAUAUAAUGAUGUUAUCUGAUAUGGAGCGCGAAAACGGGAGAAACACUUGUUGCAAACAUAUUGGCAAAUAGACCUAGGUCUCGACGGAAAUUCGAGAGCAAGCCGGUCAUUCCUGGAGGAUAUCAACAAGACUGUACUUUGGUCAAUCGAAAAUUUUUUUUGUAUUAAAAUAGACGUAAUGGGAAACAAAUCAAUGACUGAAAUUGCAAAUUACGACAAAAGAAAGGCAAUGAAAACAUAAUAUGUUAUUAGUGGUGGUCGCAUAUGAUUCAAGAACGUUAUUGGAUACUUCGCUUUUAGCAGAGUGCAGCGCGAACGUAUAUGGAAUCUUUAUGCAAAUGUUUUUCCUCAUAUGGGUAAUUCUUGCGAGAGAUGGCCAGUUGGAGAUCUGAAGGGCAGAGGAAAACAGAAGAAAUAUCGAUAGAAAUAUUUAGCAGUAAAGAGGUCAGUCAGAGGAAUAGAAAUCGGUGGAGGAUUCAUCCGAAGAAUGCAAGCUUGACCCAAGGGUGGCUCUGAAAUGGAUAAGACCCGACUGGGCGGUUCGUUAAGGAUGACUCCCUGAGAAGCAAGAAGCACGUGUGAUGAAGAGUGCCAAAUUGCUCAUACAACAAGUGCCAAGAAUACACUUUAUUCCAAACAAGUGCCACUUUACAAGCGCUUCAUCGCUAAUUUGUAAACGUAGCUCGGCUGCGCUAGAAUUUCAUCUUUUACUCACGAAGUCUUUCAUGUAGACGUUGGAGAGUUCCAGGGGAGAGGCAAAAAAAAUUCAUGCAAAUAUCGGAAACAUUGAAAAUUGACUGAUUGAGGAUCAUUUGGAAGAAGAAGAAAAAGAAGGAACAAUUUAUAUAAAUUUCCAAUCCUCCGUUUGGUUUUCUAACAAAAAUAAGGACACGAUUCAUGAGCUUCCAUGCCUAACAAUACCUAGCAGCAGCAGCAGUAAUAGUAGUAGUAGUAAGGCUGUGCCUUUGAAACGGCUCCUCCUAUCCGCGGGAAGAAUGAUGUCUCCUAUGGCUGCAAUCCAUAGGUAUAGAACGGCCCUCCUCACGUGUGCCUUGUUCUUCAUGGUUUCGUACAACGCCUUCCUAUAUUUCUUCACCGCUUAUCCUUUCAAUGUUCCAAGAAAUUAUAUGGCUGACCCAAUACCAACUCGCAGGGCCUUAGCGAGAAAGAUUAUGGAGGUGCAGAGAGAAAUUGAGGUCAGAACAGAGCUCAGCAAAGAAGUGGACAUAUCCUGGGGGAAGAGACUGCUUGUCGUUGCCUCUGAGCUGGACCCACGAGUAGCCACUUCCGAGAGGGAGGUGAAGGUCCUGGUCGCUCCUGCCCUGUCGAGUCCGACAGAUGCAGCCUCCGACCUCAGUCAGCCCAGAAGAGUUUGCCCGGAGAGGUACAGAGGCAGAGCUUUCGAUGAAGAUAUGAAGCGGAACUGGGAGAGAGUUCCUUGCCAGUCCCAGACAUUCAGAGAUGUUCUCACCGUCGUUUUACCUGCCAAAGGGUGGACGGCGCAGCGAAUACAGAAAAUUAUUCAUAACGUCAGGAAAUAUUCUGACGUUGACAUCGUGGUCUUAACCCAUGGGCACAUGGAAGAGUCACUGGAAGGUACCAACGUUAUCAUAAAAAGAUUUGGCCUUCAAACGACGGAGUCAACGGCACUGAACAGUAUCAUAUCGACGGUCAGAACGCCCUACUUAUUUGUGGGCCAUUCUCUCGUUUCUUUUGACAAGGAGACGAAUUUAGAGCGAUUGGUUCGGGUUCUGGAGGAUAACCCAGAGGUUGGUGUGGCCUCAGGAGCGUACAGAGACGCAAAGGGCAUCUGGCGCCACGGUUGUUUGCAAGGCACUGCGGAAAAUUACGAACUGGAAUAUGUCAGAGGUUACGAACAUUCGCAUAACGAGUGCAUGUACUGCGACGAUGUUCUCGGGCCUUUCGUAGUUCGAGUGGAGUUCUUGAGGGCGGUAUUCCUUACGGAAACGAUGGAAGGACCGGUCAUGUAUCGGGACUGGUUCCUCAACGUGCACCUCGCGAGGAAACUAGUGAUGUCUUGUCCGGAUGUCAUGUUUUACGUGGAUUCUGAGCCAAUGCUGAACCGAAACGACUGGUUUAAGAUCGCCCAGAAGUGGUCUAUCGAACACAUCAUACCACCAGAGGGGGAGAGUGUCAGGUUUUCUUGCGAUGAGGCCCAGAUAUCCUGUAAUAACCUCAUGAAAUCAGUCUCUUCAUUUCUGGUCCCACCUUGUUGCAGAGAUAUCUUCCGCAAGGAACUGCAGUACGUGCAAGACUGCGCUGACGAAAUAGGCGUCCACUAUGAACUCAACGCAGGAAGUCUGCUGGGGGCGGUGAAAAUGGAUGGCAUGUUACCUUGGGACUUCGACUCGGACAUCAUACCGGACUGUGGCGAUAAGUCGGUGUGGAUGUCCAAAGGGCGAGAAUGUUUAGCCAAAAAAGGGUGUGCUCUGAAAACCGUCCUGGGCAACUACUGGACAUCAACGUGUAACGUGUCCACUGUCGAUCUGAAUUGCUAUGAAAACAGAACUAAAAAGUUAACGGCCGAGUAUGUCAAAGUGCCAACAGUGAUCCUUUUCAACGGGAUUGCGACUCGCGUCCCGCUGAAUCCGGGCCGCACCGUUCGGAACUACUUCGGGGAGGAGUACCUCAAACAUGCCGUCCACUGGCGCUACUCCAGCAACGCCAUCUUCCCGGUGGACGAUGGCUCUGGCCAGACACCGGGACUUUGGAGUAACUGUAUCGUGCCCUCGUUCCACUCCUGCAUCGACCACUUCCCCGUGGACGGAAACGUCAAGUUUCAUAGAUCAAGAUGCAAAAAGCCUUGAUGUAUGGCGGACAUGAGCAUACACAUUUGUAUAUAGAUUGUAAGCUGUCUGGUCCUCUUACCUACUAAAAAAUUAAUUAUAUUUGUAUAUAAGGCAUGUUUUUGUACAUCUAUUUCUGAUUAGCUACUUCGUUUCCCCACAGAAUGCGAUAUUUUCGUAUAUUUAUACGUUUGUCACGUUGUAUAAUUUAUGGUGUGCCUUCGAUAUGGAUGUCUUGAAAGUUUUGUAUGGAAUUUUUUUAUACACUUGAGUUCAAGUGAAAGAUAAAGAGACAAUUUAUUCUAAUAAAACCCGUAUUUGCCUUA